AUGGCGGGGCCUGCGUUGGAGGUGUUCCGCUUCGGCAUGUACCUGAUGUUCCCCCUGGGGUUCAUGCUGUACUUUGGCGACCCAAAUUGGUACGAAAAAUAUGUGCUGCCAUCCCGCGGACGCUUCAUGCCCCCCGAGACAGAUUUUAAACAACCACACACGAAAGAAGAACUACAGCAGCUAUUACAAGAAAAGCGCGAGCAAGCCUCCGUGGCCCACGACCCGGCGGCUGUCGGGCUGGUGUCUCACUUCCAAAAGGUGGAUAAGGAACGCAUGAUCUAA